AUGAGCAGCAUUACAUACGAUGUGUUCCGUGGCUCUGCCGAGGGUCGGAUUGUCCAGGGCCAGACGACGCAGACCCUUGGGCACAAUGAAGUCUUCAUUGAGACCACCCACUCCGGUCUCUGCGGUACCGACGAGCACUAUCUCAAGGCUGGCCAGGUGCUCGGCCACGAAGGUGUCGGAAUUGUGAAGUCCCUCGGACCCGGUGUCACCGCCGUCAAGGUUGGAGAUCGCGUGGGAUUCGGGUACACCCACAGCAUCUGCACUGCUUGCAACAACUGUGCUACUGGUUGGGACCAGUACUGUGAGAACCAGAAGCAGUACGGAUUCCACGACUUGGAUAACGGCUCCUUCAGCUAUGGCGCCGUCUGGGACGCCAACUGCGUCUACCCCAUCCCAGAGGGUUAUGAUUCCGCCAACGCCGCCCCUCUCAUGUGCGCCGGUGCGACGGUCUGGACCGUCCUGACCGAGUAUGGCCUCCGCUCGACGGAUCGCGUGGCGAUCAUGGGCAUCGGUGGUCUUGGCCACGUUGCCAUCAAGCUGGCUGCCGCGAUGGGAUGCCAUGUUGUCGUUUUGUCCAGCUCUGAGUCCAAGCGCCAGGAGGCCAUGGACUUCGGAGCCUCCGAGUUCCACGUCUUCCGGUCCGGAGGUCCCGCCCCUGAGGGUUUCAAGCCGGUCAAGCACCUGCUGCUUUGUGGAAGCGCCGGUGUCGACUAUCCCUCUCUCCUGCCCCUGAUGGCCACCCACGGAACCAUCUACCCCCUGACGGUGGCUUUUGAGCCUGCUCGCGUGCCCAUGCUGAGCCUCGUGUGGAGGGGCGUCAGCAUCCAGGGUUCUCUGGUCGCUUCCCGUCAGAGCAUCCGCAGUCUUCUCGAGUUCGCGGCCCGCAAGAACAUCACCCCCACGAUCAUGAAGUUCCCCCUCAACGCGGCGGGCAUCGAGGAGGCCAUGCAGACGCUCCGGGAAGGCAAGAUGAGAUACCGCGGAGUGUUGGUGAAGGAGUAAAGGAUGAUUCAAGAUACCAGAUCG